AUGGCGCGCCAGGCUCCUCCGCGUGUCCCGCGGCUGCUGCUGCUGCUCGCUCUGGUCGUCUCGGCGACUGUCGCCGUCGCGCAGAGCCCCACUGGCAGUCCGGGUACGUUCGCCCCAGUCAUCUUCGUGCCGGCCACUCAGAGCCUGAGGUUCGGUCCGGGGUACACUGCGUCUGUGAACCCCGCAACCCACCCACCUUCAUUGGGCGUUGUCGACUGGAAAGGCGCGCCUGUCGCGCCCACUUAUAACGCGGACGGAUCCGCCACUGUUGCCGGGUACACCGCGUACCCAAACGGCACCGUCACUGGUCCGGGCGGCCUUUCGAUCUACCUUCAAGGUUCCAGCUCUGACGCGGCAUUGUUCGCCGUGGGAGCAACAACAGUUUUGAGAAACGGAACCAUUGUGGACGGUUCGGGAAAAAAGGUUGUGCCGAUGAAAAAUGGAGACGGGUCGUACACAGCAGGGGACCUGACUGGGUGGCCUAACGGCUUCAUCAUUGGCAGCUGCGGCGCCGUGAUCUACCCCGGCGCACCGCUCACCCUCACGGCGGACGGCAGCGUUGCUUUUGCGCCGCGGGCAGCUGUUCCCGUGCCUGGCGCCGCCAUCGCCCUCAACCCCACCACCCGCAGCCUGUCGUUCGGCGGCUAUACACUGUGGUUGAGCGGUAAUGAGCUCUCCCUCUUAGACUCCGCCCGCAACCUGUCGCUGGGUGGUUUCACAGUGGGGCCGACUGUUGGCACAGGGCCGACUGGCACAGGGCAUGGCAGUAAAUUUUCCCUGCUAGACUCCACUGGCCAACCUGUCACCACCGCCACCAACCCCGACGGGUCCCUCUCUCUUGAUGGCUACACGCUUUUCAAGAACGGCACGAUCACCGCUCCGGGUGGCCGCAUUGCCAUCAACACUGCAGGUCCCAACGCGGGUCUGCGUGUGGGAAGAACGACGGUUCUGGUAAACGGAACGGUUCUGAACGGUAUGGGAGCGAAGAUUGUGCCGAUGGGGCCGAAUGAGGACGGGUCGUACAGUGCAGGGGACCUGAAGGGGUGGACCAACGGCACUAUAGCUGACACCAAAUCUGGUGUGGUGCUCUAUGCGGGCGCGCCGGUCGCUCUUACAGCUGAUGGCAGGCAACACACUUCCAUGGCGAUGCUCGGCAGCCCACAGAAGACAGGGGGGGAUGGGGCGAGGGAUCCAAAAGGGAUAGCCUCGCCCCUAGUUGGGUGGGUCAACUCGGGGUCCACCAGACUUGACCCCACGUCCGAAGUCCUAGCGCAAGCGGAGUAUCAGGGGGGGCGCGCGGGGUGA